ACUUCUCUUGAAUAUGCCGAAGUUGUUCUCAUACCCUUUCAGCAAGCAGAGCGCAUCAUGCCCAAUCUCCUCUCGUGACUAACAAAAAAAACCCCAAUUCAUUGAUUCAUUCAUCAAGGUAAUAAUCCCUACACUCCUCUCAGCAACAAACAACAAACCCUAAUUCAGUCAAGAAUGGUGGAGAGAAUUUGGUAGUACAUAUGUAGAAGGAGGUGCUCAAAGAGCAGGGUUUGGUUGGAAAGCAUUGAGAAGAGAUGAAGCGGAAGAAAUGGACGGAAGAAGAGGAGGAAACCCUAAUAAACAAGUACUCAGACAUGCUCAGUUCAGGCUCUCUGGCCAAGCUGAAGACCAGGCUGAAGAAAUUCCAGCCCAUUGCAGAACACGUGAACUCGGUGCACCAUUGCAGGGAUCCCGUUGCCUUUCCAUGGGAGUGGACUUGGCGCGACGCCUCUAUAAAGGUCCAGAACAUGCGCCACCAGUACAUCGGCGUUAAGCAAAAGAUCAUUGUCAGGAAAACAUCAACUGCAUCAUCAUCUGAUGGUGGUGGCGGAGGAGAAGAGUAUUAUUAUAAUUGGGAUGAUGGGGAGAACCAUUGGCAAAAUUUUAUCAAAUACAAGGAGGUAUUUGGAGAUGUAGAUUUAGAUCCGAGUGAUUUGGCUAACAGCAACAAUGCUAAUAAAUCUUCAUCGUCAAAGAACAGGGGGAAUUUUGGUGGCAAUUUGAAUUCAGGAAGGUGGCAGAGGAAUGGGGAGAGCCCCUCUCUUCUUCCUCCUCCUCCUCAUGUUGUGUUGGAUGACGAGAACACUGGGAAUGGGUUGCCAUCUUCAUUUAAUGGGUUUGUGGUGGAUGGAGGAGAGUGUAACAGGGUUCAUAUGGGGGAUUCUGAUGUUCUGGGCUUGUGUUUGGGGGGUCUUGAGUAUGAGAAUUUGGAUGGUGAUGAUGAUGGUGUAGGCGAAAUGAGUGGUGGUGGUGGGGAAUAUGGUGUGGCAGAGAGAGAAGAGGAGCUCCAGUUGGAAGAGGGAGGUGGCAAGGUAGGAAGCAAGAAAAAGAUGUUGAGGAGAGAGGAUUUGGGAGGAGCAGCAUCAGAUUGGGUGAUGAAGAGUUUGGGUUUGAUGGGUGCCCGGUUGGUGGAAAUGAGGGAUAUGGUCAUGAGGAGGGAGGAGAGGCAGAGGGAGAGAGAGUUUAACAAGGAGGAGGAGGUCGCUGCGAGAGAAGAAGGGCAAAGAGACAGGGAGAACCAGAGGGAGGAGAGGCAGAGAGAGAGGGAGGAGCGAGCGAUCAUGAGGGAGUUUGAGUGGGAGGAGAGGGAGAGGGGAUGGGCAAGGAGGGAAUUUGAGCGUAGAGUACAGGUUGAACAUGAAAGGACGGAGGAAAAGAGGAGGAGGAUGGAGUUGGAAGAGAGGAGGGAGAGAGAGGAAAUGGAGUGGAGAGAGCAGAUGGUAAGGAUGCAGAUGGAGCAUGAGAAGUUGAUGAUGCAGAUGCAAGUGGAUGCAUGCCAGAGCCAGAUGCAGACGAUGGGGACAUUGGUUAGGCUCGUCUGUCAAAUAUUCAGUCCGGGGAAUGACAGUUUGGGGGGUCUCACUUCCCUGCCUCCUCAAGUCUUGCAUAAUUUGCAGCAUUCGGACAAUAUAGUGCCCAUUGGUGACAAAACGGAUGCCAAUCCUGCUUCACACUUCAUGGUUACUGAAUGAAUAAUGCCCUGCCUAUCUCUCUCUAUCUGUCUCUCUGUGCUAUUAUUUGAUUGUGGUUACAGUUCAGCUUAUGAAAGUUAUUUUGCAAGGUAGCUCCCGUGUAUUAUCUUUUGUACAUUAGGUGUUGAUGGAAUGCACUGUUGAUUCUCUUGCUCUUACGAAUGGCUGGAUCAUGGUGAAAUCUCCCACAACAGAACUAACUGCCAGCAGUAGUUUUGCAAGGUACAUGUAGAAACCAUGGAAGACGAGGAGAAAGUAGACAACGGCGAAGAGGUGGUGUGCAUACCAAAAGGCAUUAAAACCAGCCAAAUGGUGGAGGGGCCAAGACAAUUUCACGACAUUUCUUCUAAAGCUGUGCGUCGCUAGUGUAAAGGAAAAUGACAUGAGAAAGAUCAUGAUGAUUCCACUCAUGCCAGGGAAGCUGAAGACCAGGCUCUGGAAAGUGGGUUGCUUGUUAUUGAAAUCAGGCCCUAUUGUUCUUAAGAAUUUUGUGUUUGAGCAUGACGUGAUUCUGGGAUAAUUGCAACCAAGGUGCGCAACUGUGUGUACUAUAACUGCAAUUGCUAUGCCAAAUGCGAUUGCCUGCAAUGGAAAGAGAGGUGUAAGAAACUUUUUUUUUCCCAUUAUUUUGAUAAAUAAAUGAGGAAUUUUUGUUUGUUUGAGCCAUAA